ACGUGUCGUGGGAUAUUUGCAUGAGAAAAAGCGGUUUGUGCGUGAAAAUGAGUGAAAAUCCAAGGAAAAGGAAGCUAAAAAACAGUGAAGUGAGUGAAAAAGAUUCAAAAUCCCCGAAAGUGAAGAAAAAGAGUGAAAAAUCUGUGAAAAAUGGUGGAAAUGUGAAGAAAUUCAGUGUGAAGCAGUUCCGGAAGAAGCUCCAAGAAGAUGACUUCAUUUCAGAUUUCCAUCAAUUUCUGGAAAUUGGGGCGGAAAAUCCAGAGAUAAUUGCGAAAUAUUUGGAUGUUGGAGGACAACCACUUGAGAUUGUGACGACUCUGGGGAAAAUUGAUAAAUCCUCAUUGGAUCAUGUCACCUGCAUUCUCAGUGUCCUCCAACUGAUUCUAAUGGAGAUUCUCUCGAAUGCUCCACAAUACACAACAAUUGCCAUCAAUGGAUGUCGCUUUUUGCUGAAUAAACACCGAAGUUUCGUGGAAUUGUUGCUUGAGUCGCAUGCGACCAAUCACAGAAAAAUCGCCCUAAAAGUCCUGACUGCGUGCGUGACACUGGACUCACGCAUGGGAUUUGAUAUCCUGAAGCUUUUUAGGAGUUAUUUGCAUGGGUCAGGGCUCGUGGAGAGAUUUUCCAAGCACCGGAAAGAGGAGAUUGCUCAUCCGGAAAGUAGCUUGAGGACAGCUUUUACGCAUUUUGUCCUCUCGUAUCUGAUUGAGGGCAAUAAUUUGCUAAUUCAGAACAUCCUGGACAAGAUGGAACUCCUUGUGGCUAUUCUGUCUGAGAUUCAAUUUGAUACUCCUGAAAAUAUUGUCCUAGUCCUGGGUAGUUUGAGGAAUUUCGUGCUGAAAAAGUUGAGUGUGUCCAAAACGUUGAAAUUUCGCCUUUUUUCCCCGGAGAUUGUCUGCAAUCUCCUGGAAUUGUACAAUUGGAAGGGACCUAAAGCCUUCCAGGCUCUAGCUAACAAUCAAAGUGUUGAGAGUGUCCUCCCGGAGGCUGAGGACAGAGAAACUGUCUCAGGGGCAGUUCAUGAUUUUCUAAUCCUCCUCCUCACGUCCAAUAAAUACGGAAUUAUUGUCCAGAGCCUGGGGAAUCAGAAGAAGAAGAAGAAUAUCGUUCCGGGUGUUGUUCUUAGCAGACUUCAGAUGCCAUGGAACAAUCCUCAGCACGAAUCCCUGGUGAUUCAUGUGCUAAAGGCAUGUCCGGAACAAGUUGAGGGGUUUCUGAGGAACAGGGCUCGAUUUCUUGAAAGCCUCGAAGGGAUAAAGUUUCUCCCGUUUUUGAGCAAGCUCAUUAGCUGCCUGACUCCUAAGAUUAUUCAGAAAGUCCCUGGGCAGAUUGGCAUGGGAGAAAUGGGCAGUCUUAUCAAGGGCAUUUGCCUAAAUCCAGAGAUUCUGGACAAAAUUACAGAGAAAUUGCUGAAGAAUGCAAAAUUUGAGGUUAGAUUGAAUGUUACCGCGCUCCUGACCACCAUGCUCUCGCAAUGCAACAGCUUCCUGGUUCAUCUGUCCGAAGCUGGGACUUAUCAGGAAUUUGAGAUGAAAGCCAUCAAGGCAGAGCUCCUUGAGCAUAUUUUGGGGAAGUUUCCGAAAAUGGACACAAUCACAAAUUCCCUGUGCAAGAGCAUGGAGGAGAAUCUCCCUCCUGAGGAUGUUCUCGAGCAUCUGGAGGCAACUGUAGAUCUCCUAGCCAUUGCGGCAGAAACCAUUCCCACUUUUAUUGACAAGACAACUUCCCUGAUGCAGCUGAUGAGACCUCUGGAGGGUCAGGAUGGGAAUCAGUCGAGAAUCGGGCUGAAAAUUAUCAAAUUAAUCCUCCUGCUGGAUCCUCAGAUUAUUUCUCCGGAAACUCCACUCUUUUCCAAGAUUCUCUCAUCCUUCCUGAACUUGUACGCUUCCGGAAGUGGCGAGGAAUUCCAGGAAGUUGAGAUCUUGCUGAGGAAUAUCCUCUAUAGCACAAGAUUAUUUGACAGUGGUCCCUUGGAGAUAGAUAUUUGGCUGGAAGCCUUCAAGUCAAUCGAUCGGAAAGAUAUCAAUGUUGUCCAGGAGUUUUUCAUCAAGAUGAUCAAAAAGGUCAAGGCUAAACCUGAGGAAGUUCCAAUGGUUUCCGGAAGCUUUCCCCAAGCUUCCCAGGAGAAUCUUGGUGAGAUUCUCGAGAGGAUUGAGAAGGAUGAAGCCACUUUGGGAAUUAUCCAUGUUCCAGGAUUAAAUCCUCUCCUCCCAGUCGCUGCAAAUCUCCUGGUAAAGAAGCCCACAGUUCCAGUGGUGAAGUAUAUUGAACAAGUUGCUUUAAAUCUCUUCCACUAUCUCCCCUAUCCCGAAAUAUUGCCGGAGAUCCUUGAAAAAUUAUCUCUGGGAGUGUCUGAUUACAUGAAAGAAGCGACUGGUGGAAAAUCCUUAGCAAUUCCUUGUGAAUUCUCUCAUCCGGAAUCCCAUAAAUUGAUAGGCAAUAUCUUCCGGAAGGGAAUCUUUGAGGAAUCUCUCGUGGAAGUUUCCGAUGGGAAGGCUUUCAAUUUUAUUUAUUUGAUUGUCUUCUGCCAUACCCGGCUCCACAGUCUCUCCCAGCUGGACCAGGAGUCCUCAAUUCUCUGCUCAAGGUACCUCCUGAGCCUCCUGAAGGGCAUUCAUGCCCGUCAAAUUGGACAUUGUCAGAGAAAACGAACAAUAGAGCUCGAUAAAGCUCUUAAAAUGAAGAUUUCCAGGAAGAAUCCCAUCUCCGAGAUCCUCAAGUACAUCUUCUGUAGCCAAGUGAACCUCCUGAACAAUUUUUCAGCAGAUCUUGAGAGUAAAGAUCGUCCAACGGUGGAUUUUAUCCUGGAAAUCCUUAAAGAGAUCAAGGAAUGGGAUCUACAAAUCACACUUCCGGAAUUGACAGUAAAUUUCCGGAAGAAAUUGGUACAGAACUUCCGGGAGAAUUCAACAAAGGAUGAGGAUUUCCUGAGCCUCCUCAAGGUCUUUGAUCUGGACCAGAAAAACUGCCUGGAUCUCCUGAAGAUUGCAACGGAAAAAAAUGAUUUUCACAAUGUUCUGGUUGUAGCUCUGGAGAGGAUUACAGAAUUAAGAGGUAAUCCCCUGCCUGGAGAUGUGAUUAGAGAUAUUUGUGGCAUUUUUGUGAGUGUCGCCACAAAAGGCACCUCAGAGACUGCUAUAAAUGCUCUGAGUGAUGCUCUAACGGAUCAUCUAAGUCACUUCCACAAUUCAAUUGGGGACGUCCCCGAAGAUUUACUGCAGACAAUCUGCGUGGGUGGAAAAAUGACCAAACCAAUGACCAAAUUGGCCAGUCUUCUUCUCGAACGCAAUGCAUCACUAAUCCCAACUUUCUGUGGCACUCUGGAGGGGAAUUACACAAAAAAAGAACUCAUGUAUCCCCUCCUGGGAAUUGUCCUGGCCAGGAAACCUGUUCCCAUUGGGAAGGAUCUUCUGGACAGGAUUUUUGUAGAGUACAAAAAUGGCAUAAUGAAAUCCAUUGAGAAGCCCCUGAAAGCUGGAAUGAUUUACCGGGAGAAUUAUGAGAGUUCCCUGCAUUUGAUUGAGGAAUGCAUGUCCGGGAAGGAUUGUGUGGAAUUUACGAAGAAAACCCUAAAGCCAGAUUCCGUGGAAACCUUCCAGUGUCUCCUGAUUGAGAAGAUCUACCAGAAAGCCCUGGCAAAUUCUUCACAAACUUCUUCCAUUCAUAUCAAUUUCUACAAGAAUUUUCUCAAUCUCUUCACGAUUUUGCUCAAAAAGCCCACUCUGCAGAUUGACAAGGUCAUGGGCAUUUCUAAAAUUCUCAUAGAUUGGCCAGGAAGCCAGCUGGAAAAUCCCAUUGAUUCUUCAGUCACAGAAUCGCAGAUUUGGACAAAUUUCUCGCGAACUUGCUUGAAGAUUGGCCUUCAGAAAGAUCAAGAGGAUAAUUCCAGGUAUUUACUGAUCUAUCUUCUGGCCAAUCUCCUGGACAGAAUGUACCAGGAUGACUGUGGUGAUGAAUUCCCGAAGGAACUGUACGAAAUGACAAUCUCUCAUUCAAACUUCUUGGGAAUUUUUCUCCAAAAGAGCUCCACAAAAACAGCCACAGCUUGUCUACUGGUCGUCCUGGCCAGGAAAAACCCCUCUGGAUUUGACAAGGCACACAUCCCGCUCCUUUUAGGAGCUUACAGUGCCAGAAUGUCCAUUUGCGAUCAAUAUAUCCUGGCUCUUCUGAAUCUCUACGAGAAGAACAAUAUUGACUUCUCUGAGUAUCGUCCAUUCCUCUGGGGCGACUCUGCCGUGUCCCACUAUUCCCUCGAUAACACCGAGGACACCACUCUCAAAGGAAUUCUCGAAGAACCAAGCAUGGACAUGGUUAUCUCACUGAUCUCCCUGGAAACCAUGAAAAACACACUCAGCAAUUUUCCCAUCUGGAGGCAUCUCAAUCCUCUCAGAGAUCUCCCAGCGCUGGAAAUCACACCAAAAUCCUCAAAGACAGAGAUUGAGAGGAUAAUUGACGGAGAAAUUCCCAAGAAUGCCAAAUUCUCAGGAAUCCUGACGAAAAAACAAGAAACAUGGGAUGAAGUCUACGAUCCAGCAUUUUUUGUUCCUCUUCUGAGUGCAAUGUUUGCUCCCGAAGUGUUCACAUCUGCAGUUUCCGUGGCUCAGAAUGGACUCUUAGGAAUGGUUUUUGAGGCACUUUCCAGUCAAGAUGAAGAGAUGAGGCUGGCCGCUGGGCUGGCUCUGAUGCGCUACAAACGCCAGAUGGAGGGAAGAAAGGACUUCCUCGAUCGCAAUGUGUGGCUGCAAUUUUACACGGGGACACAAAAUGGUCUUGGGGCUUUGGGCAAGGUGACAGGUUCAUCGUGCCCCAGGCUUCCGCACGUGUCUGCAAAUUUUCUCGCCAAAGUGUCCAGCUUGCUGACAACACCACUGGCGCAGCUGUACAAGCCCAUUUCCGACUAUCUGCUGAGUCGGGAAUCCUUUGACUUUUCCGUUGUGCCAAAUUUCAAUUUUAUGUUCCUAUCAUCUGAUGUUGAUCAUCAGAGUCAUAGGGAAUUCCUUUUGAGUGUGAUUGCUGAUGGGAUUAAGUGUGAGGAGGAUUUCUAUGUGUUGGAAGUGUCGGGAGUUCUGGAGACAAUUAUGGUGUUUUUUAGUUGUCCAUUUGCCUCAAUUGACACAAAUUUGAGGAUUCUCAGUGUGAUCAAUACGAUCGUGAGAAUUCCCAAUUGUUCACGAACGCUCGUAGAUAAAUUUGGACUGAUACCAUGGCUCAGUGGGAUCAUCAGCAAUUUAGAGACUUUCUACUACGACACUAUCGAUGCAGUUGUUCAUAUCAUUGUGAAUUUGUGGUUUUCAGUGGAAUAUCUCGGUGAUUGUAGUGAUCGUGCCGAAAUAUGCCGUAUGGCUGUGAAAAUGGUGAAAUUUAUCUCAGCACGUAUGCCCAUGGUGCUUCUAUCCAAAUUUAUUCGUGUCCUCAAUAAAACAUCCCAUGGGCGAUAUCACUUGCUAUCCCCAAGUGAUUUGGAUCACUUGAUCGAGUGUGCCAAACCACUGAUAGCAUCACAGAUCACCUCGAUCAGGUACAUUCGGGAAAAUGGUGCAGCAUAUGCUGGAAAUUGUGCCAAAAAUGUGCUAAAGGACGACAGUGAGGAUCGUAUGGGUCUAAUUAAUCUUCGUGAAUACGUGAUCAAUUGGACAGCUAGUGAUCGCAAAUGAUCGUGUACAU